AGUCCUUAAUAAAAAGCAAUACUGAUAUCGAUGUUUCGGCAUUGUGCCUGCAAUUGAAAAAACAUAGUUCCACUAUGCCUAUGGGGUGUUAAUUACUGUACAAUAUACUGGGCAAUAUGUUACGUUCUGUACUGUUACUGCGGUCUGCUGAUCACUGCAUUCCAGACCAAAUGAAUGCUUUAACAGGUUGGCUGGCUUGUUGUUAUUCAGCACCGCGGACGGCUGCUUAUUGAUCUCGUUGGAUUCCCCCACACUCAACUCGUGCUAUUUCUAAUUCACUGCCCAUUCUGCUCGCAAGAGAGGGAUGCAAAAGCAGAAAUGAGUGAGAUGUCAUCAUGGAUGGAAGAAAGAGUCCCCGAAAAAGCAGUUUGCAGCACACUGACUCCCAUACCAACACCAUUGUAGAUAUAGAUUUUUGUGGAAAUGACAGCCGGAUGAGAAGCAGCGCCUCCACACAGCAGUGUUCCUCCCAACACAGCAGCACAAACGGACUCUCUACAUUCUUCCUUCACGGCAAUGGCAAACGCUAUGAAGAAUGGGGCAGAUGUAGAUCAGUUAGGAAAAGCAAAACACAUGAUUGUGUCAUGGGCAUGGGUCAGCACAGGGGCCAUGGCACCACAAACGACGGGAGGAUAACUCCCUCUGUUAGAAGAAGAGGCAGGCUUGUAAGCAGCAUUAGCUUUUCCGGAUUCAGAAUUGCACAAAAUGGUCACGGAAGACUCCUGCAAGAGAAUGGGAGCACGCCCAACUAUGGCAGGCAAAUUAUUGAUUACAGGAACUUUGCCCCUCAAGUGCCCUUUGUGCCAUCCAUUGCCAAAUCCAUCCCUAAGAAAAGGAUUUCGCUAAGGAAACCCAAAAAGGGUUUCCGAGAUCUGUUUAGCAUGAAAAGGCACAGACAAGAAAAGACAACGUCUCCAGGGAUCUCUGAGAAGGAAGCAACCCUGGAAGGGCCGAGAAGACGUUCAAAACAUCGGGAGCGCGUGGCUGGAAAUGCUACUCUGCAAGAAUUCUCGGAUACUGACCCCCUUUCAGACUCUACCUAUGACUACUGCAGCACCUUCUGUGAAGAUGUUGCUUCCCUGAAGAGUUUUGAUUCCCAAAUGGGCUGUGGAGAAAUAUUUGCCGAUGAGGAGCACUAUGCCCAUCUGGAGCUAGAAAGGCAAAAGGACCCUGAUAAAGACCAAUGUGAACCAAGAAAGCCAAGUCCUGUGGUGGAAUCUUUCCAAGGAGGUGUGGAGCAGCUAGCAUCUCCAGCUCAGACAGAGGUCAUAGACUUUUUAGGCUUGUGGGAAAGUGUGCGUAACACAGGACUGUUAAAGCAGGAGGCUAGCACUGAUAGCAGAAUGUUGAAUACACCUAGUUUGCCUCCUACACCAGCAAGUGAACAUCAGAUUAAUUCCCCUUAUGACUUGCAACCUUCCCCUGAGGAGACUGCAAGCGCAGUUAUAAUAACGCCAAAAAGUGACAUUCAGGAAUCCAUUUCCACAAGCGAUGAAGGAUAUUAUGAUUCGUUUUCCCUGGGGAAAGAAGAGAACAGCAAGGAAUCCUUAACCCCUUGCACAUCCAUCAGGUUUCCAAGAGAUAGCUACAGCGGCGAUGCACUCUAUGAGCUAUUUUAUGAUGCUGAUGAACCUGGAAUGAGUCCCAUCUUUGAUGAUGGUACAUCUGUGUCAGAGAGUAUUUUAGGGCAAUCCAGUGACCUACCAUUGUCUAUGUACAGCUUUCACGUAGGUGCUGAAGAAAACCUGGCCCCUCCAUCAGCUCUUGAUGUCAUCAGCCAAGAGGUCCUUCAGAGCAACUGGAAGGGCAAGGAGUGUCUCCUGAAGCUGUGCGACACAGAAAUAUCCCUGGCAAUGGGAAUCAUGAACUGGCUCAAGCAGAAAACUGACAAGCUGAGCUCCUCUGAAUUAACACACAACGGCUCCGAAGAACAGAAGAGCAACGAAUGUCAUUCCACCAUGGGGGCUUUCCCUGAGACUCCCCAAAUUGCAAAUAAUGAGGCAUGGAAUGACACCAUGGAUUCAAUGAAAACCGAGGAGAGGUCAAUGGUCAGUCAGAAACGGUCACCUGCUCCUGAUGUUGUCCCCUGUAGACUUGCUGAGGCCAGUUUAGAGUCUGUCUUGUCUGAGCUGGAUAUCACAAGGGGGCAUGUAGAAACAAAGACCAGAUGUAUCAUUAACAACAGCCUCAACAUUUUAGAAGUAGAUGGAUACCAAGUCCGUUCUUUAAACAGAGAGAUGAAGAAGACAGCAAGUUCACCUGGCACAGGAGCAAAUGGCGUAAUCAUUUUUGCUAUUGACAAGAAAUCAUUAUGUGAGACCUGCAGAAAAUCUGUCAAGCACAACUCGCAUGAAAUGCAUUUAUGUGCCUCAUGCUUAUCUUUGAUAGAACAUAUCAAAUGUACAGAACUACUAAACAGCACAAGCAACAAUGUUCAUGAAUCACUGCCUGUUGAUCUUGGAGGGACCCAUCCUUUGUUGCCUCUGGGGUUUUGUGAGUCCCCUAUGAGUCCUGAUGAAGAAGCAGGAGAUAUCAAUAUUACCCAUCUUGUGGAGCAGUGUGUCAGCCAAGUGUCCUCUUUGAAAAUCAACAGCAGCAGCUGCAAAGGAUCUGAAGGGAGAAACCCAUUCUUUCUUUCAUUUGGUGAGGACAGCGAUGUCAAUGAAGAGAAAGACCUAGGAUCCGAGAAGAAUAAAGAUGUGAUCCAGAACUUUUUAAAACCUAAGAAAAACUGUUCGAACGAUGCAGAUAGGAAAUUAUCACAUGCCAACUGGACUGGUCUUCAUGAUGGAAGUCCAGAGGUCAACAUUAUUGAAAACACUACGUCAUCAAGUGCUAGUAUCUUUCAGAGCUCACCGCAGGAGCAAAAGCAUUUGGAAAUAGGUCUGGUUACAACAAACAACUUUAAUGAACUCAUUUUGGAGACACACCAGAGCCCUUGUUUGAGCAAUUCUGGCUCUGCAAACCUCGGGAGUGAAAAUGCAAGCCAACCCCUCCGACCCACUUAUCUCCCACUCUCCAAUUCUGCUUAUUCGGAGUUCACAAGCAACCUGACACUAGCUUUGGACCAGGCGAGGGUGGCGAAACAGUGCGACAAACCAAGAAGGCACAGGAAGUCAUUGUUUAGUCGAGAUGGACCCUUUGGAUAUGCUUUGUCCGAUGAGAAAAAGGAGGACAGGAAGCGAAGAAUGAAGAAAUGAGCUACUCCGCAGUAAAGCAGUCUGGGGAUGCCUUGAAGCAGGAGCACUGCCAUUGAAAGACGCACUAUAGCCAGAGAAGCUUUAGAAGGGUUUGUGUUAUCACGAAGCUGGGUUGGAAACUGCCUUUGAGGGUUCUGGAUGUUUUUAGCUUUCUGAAGAUCUCUUCAUGCUGGUGAUAAAAGUGAAACGCUUGUUCAGCCUCAACAGAGCCCCAAGGCUGCUGCCCGUCUGUAAGGAGUCGCAUGUAUGCUUUUAUCAGACAGUUAUUUAUUGUUGCCAAUACAGUGGUGUUGCAAAAGCCAUGACAUUGUAAUAGGUUUGGCACUGCGAAGAGGUGAUUUUUAGUUUGUAAUUGUGUAUUUUAUUUGAUGUCGUAAAGCAGUGGUAACCAAUGCUUUUUCAUUAACUAUUAUUAUCACUGCUCCCUUUUUGUAGGGAUGUGAAGGAUAUGCACAUAUUUCGAAUGCCACACUGUUGGUAAACUGAGCAAUACCUGUGUAGAUUACUGUACAGUACCUUCAAAAGACUAUUAUUACUGAUAUCCUAUUUAUAGAAAAUGUCAACAUUCGUGGCAUGAACAAGGUAUGUUAUGAAAAACCAUGAAAUUCGACAUUAAAAUAAAAUAGGAUAAAUAACUAGAUAAAGUAACCAAUGUUUCAAAUGUUAAUGAGUGACUAUUAAUCACUGGUAAUUAAUAACAUUGGUAGCGCUUAUUGUAAAUCCCCAUUUUUUACAAUAAAAAAUACAGCUGAUUUUAAUAUAGUUCUUCAUAAACUAACAAAAUACAACAGCAUGUGUAUUGAAAACGAAUAUCUAUCUAUAGUAUGCUCUUAUUGAUUUAAAUAUAAAACUAUGACAUAUCGUAUUUGUCCUGUACUGUAGACCAUUGGAGUUGAACUUGAACAUUGGAUGAUCUAUAUGCCAUCAUCCUUUAAAUCACUACCACAAUCCUCUGGCAUUUUACAUUUUUACUGACAGAUGUGCACUAAAGAGAUUUGUGCCCCUUUAGAUGUUAGAUUUUUCUGACUACACAGAUUCUGAUGAUCUCAGUGGCGGUACCAGAAAGUAUCACAGACUUCAAAUAUCUCAAAUUGAAAGGAUUUUUAACACAAGAAAAGUGGGCAGUGAUAAUAAUACGAGUGUGAAUACGAAGUAAGGUAAAUGGAUUUGAAAACAUUGGUCAGCACUCCUUUAACUGUUUAUUAUGCAUGUUCUGUAUCAUCCUCUACGCAGCAAUCAAUAUUUGUCAUGUUUCAUAAAUACAGUUUAUCUGUAUUCUGAACAUUUUGUUUUAACACAGUAUGUGCUGAUGCGUUUCAAACAGAACUAUCAAACAUAUUCUGAAGGGGGGGCAUUUGUUUAUGUUGGACAGUUUUGUUUGAAAUGAGGAAUUUAAAAACUGGACAAUUGGGGACAAGAAUGAUGAGUGUUAUUAGCCUCAUUUCUAAAAAAAAAAAAAAGCAAAACUAGAAAUACAUUACUAGCUCUUGAAUUCAAUUUUUUUUUUUUUUUUAAUUUAGUAGUCGGCAAUUGAUUUUACCCCGUUUUUCUCCCAAUUUGGAAUAUCCAAUUGUAUUUUAGGCUCAGUUCACCACUACCACCCCCGCGCUGACUCGGGAGCGGCGAAGACGAACAUACGCUGUCCUCCGAAGCGUGUGUCGUCAGCUGACCGCUUCUUUUCACUCUGCAGGCCUGCCAUGCAGCCAACACAGAGCUACAGCGUCGGAGGACAACGCAGCUCUGGGCAGCUUACAGGCAAGCCUGCAGGCCCCUGGCCAGUCUACAGGGGUCACUGGUGCGCGGUGAGCCGAGGACACCCUGGUCAACCUAACCCCCCCCCCGGGCGGUGCUUGGCCAAUUGUGCGCCACCCCCUGGGAACUGCUGUCCAUGGUCAGUAGUGGAAUAGCCUGGACUCAAACCGGUGACCUCCAGGCUAUAAGGCGCAUCCUGCACUCCACGUGGAGCGCCUUUACCGGAUGCACCACUCGGGAGCCCUGAACUCAAUUUGUGAGUUAUUUACUUUUUUCAUGGGUAGUUUUUGUGUCAUAAAGUGCUUAUGCCAUUUAUACUUUGUCAAUGCCUCCCUUUGGCAUGUUUUUAUUUUAUAUAUAAAACUGCAAAGGAAUGCACUAGUAUUUAUUUUAACAAAACAAAAAACAAACAAAAAAAAACCCUGAAAAUCUGUGAAAAUGUAUUUAUUUUUGUUUUUUUCCCAGUAAUAUCCUGGCAUACUGUAAACCCAAACUAGUCACCAUAAAUGUAAACAAUGAAGGACAAACAGUACAUCAUUUUGCAGUGUUUGAGCAGCCAGAUCCUGUCGCCCAAACUGCACAAGAUGACAAUAAGAGACUGCCUACACAUGACUUAUUAACUAGUUUAACAACAAAAUAACAAAAUUAGGGUUAUUAUAACUGAACUAAUUUUGUACAGUUUCAUCAGCUUCGCUUCUUGUUGGAAAAUUUUACAAAGUGCAUCUACUAAAAAACAAGAAUAACACAUUAUUUAAGAAUACCCAUACUCAUACCAAGAAUGCACUGCUUAAACCAUUUUACAAAACGUUCAGUACUCAGUGCUUUUUCUUAAUGUAUUGCUGUAAGGUUAUUAUUCUGUUUUUCAAAGCCAGUGAAGAUGCUGAGGCUGUUUUCAGAUAACCUAGAAACUCUCGUGAAGCUGCAUGAUGUAGCUGAGGGGUUGUCAAGUGCGUUUGCACUGCCAAGGACCACUCUUCAAAAGGAAAGCACAGCACUAAUCUAAGCAGCUGAAUGAUCCUUUGUUAUUUAGAGCACAGUAGGCGGAAAAAUUCCCCAUCAAUAAUUGAAUGGAUAAACCUCAUUAAAUCUGAACUGUGGCUGGAUCAAUUCAGUAGAGAUGAAAAACAAACAGAAAAAAGAUCACUAUGUACAGUCUUAUUUAAUAUCCAUUGUUUAAUAUCAUUGACCAGUUUUCCCAUGUCUCUAUUCUAUGAAUGUAUUAUAGUUUACCAUGGUUUGCAAUGUUUUUAAAUAUGUUUUACCAUACCUCUCUGAGCUACCUAAUACCUAUGCUUUACCAUGCGUUUACUAUACUUUAUUACACUUUGCCAUGCAUUUCUUAAUGUAAACCUUAACAAGAGAUCUUCAUUAUUUUAUCAACAUUACCACCAAAUUGAAAUGUAUGAUUUGAGUAUAAACAUAAACUGAUAUUAUUACUUUAUACUCACAUGUGAUAUUAUUACUUUAUGUUCUUGUAAAUCAAAUGUUCCCAGUUAACACAACUGCUUUAAAGUUGGCCAUACUUAAAAAAAAGGAAAGUUUACAUGUAAACAACUUGCUGUUUAAAUUUGAUGUACAGUCAUGUUUUGACAUACACAGUAAUGCGGGGAACACGGCAAAUUUGUUUUACAACUGUUUAGUGUUAUGUGCAGUGUGCUGAACAUGUACAGUAUUGAAGUAAACUACUGAAUGAAAAUGCAAUUCAUGAAAAUGAAUUGAAUUAAUGAAUGUUACAAAGUUUGUGUGUUGCUUAUUGAUAAACCAAUUGAGUCAGCUCCUAUGAUUGUCUAAUAAAAUCCAGUGGUGGCUUAUUCGGGUGAGGUAUAAGUGAAUCAAAUUGACCCUUUGGACAGAGGAUGCACACAUUUAAAAAAAAAAAAAGGAUUGGAAAGGGGUCAAUAGACCAGUUCAUUUCUGCAAAUAUACUCUAUAAUACAAUUGUGAAACAAACUCCUGCUGUCACUUGUAGGAAGAAAGUCCCAUCUUUAUAGACCCAUGUCCUUUUUAUAACAGGUGAAAGUAAAUUGAAUAACACUGGUGCAAACUAGUUUCUUUGCAGGUGAAUUGCUGGAUUGCAGCACAGGUGAUGCAAAACUGCAUCUGUUUUUAAAAGCCCUCUGUUACUGUUUGUGAGGUAGGACUGCUGUGCCGUCUUCUGCAAGACCAAUAAAACAUGAAAUACUUUGGAUUGGUGCCACAGAGUUUGGCCUCCUUGUGGAACAAGAGCUAUUAUUAACUACAAGGGUAUGCAAGAAAAACAAUGUUCUGCCAAAGAAAUGAAAGCAUGUAUUCAAUUUCAGCUUGGGACAUAUUGUUCAUCAACUCUGCAGCGAGAAAUCAUGGAAACAUAUCGUUUACACUGCCUUUAAGAUUCUUACCCUUUAAGUGUGUGCAUUACAGUUUUAGUUAAAUUAAUAUAGUGUACAUAGGAGGCCUGGAGAGCACUUCUUAUUAUUAACACAUCAAAGGAUACCAAACACUCCCUUUUAAAUGUAUAAUGCUGCAUUUAUUCUAAAUAUGUCCCGAAUAUGUAAAUAUACUUAUUAAAAGCAGGCAGCACAUUGCAUCCUUAUUGAUAAGCUGCAUGUCUCGUAACACAACACACUCCACACAAUGAUGGAGGACAGGAACCAUUUAUGGAAAGAUACUGAUACACUUGCCUACCCUUUCUAGGUUUUUAUCAUGCUUAACUUAUCGUUAGAUACUAAACACUAAUUUGAAGCCCUGAUUACAUUUAGUAAUAUUUGUUCUUUUAUAUUAAAAAGGUGGUAAUUGUUUUAAGAAGUUAUUGUAAAUCUGAAUUGUGGGUCUUUACAAACUACAAUAAACCAACAUGAUUUCUUAAUUUAUUGAAAAAGAAAAUGCCCAUUAGUUCUUGUCAAUGCAGUGCUCAUGAAAGUUUGGAAAGUGGCACUGGAAUGGGUUGCCUUGUUAUUUUGAUGCUGAAUCACUGGGAUCCUUUAAGACCCAAAGUUUUGAGAUCAAUUGGCUCCUAGGAACGAGAUGAGCAUAGAUAGGCUGAAUGGCCUCCUCAUGUUAAUAAAUGUUCUCGUGUUCAUAUUUUAAUAAUAAUAAUAAUAAUAAUAAUAAUAAUAAUAAUAAUAAUAAUAAUAAUAAUAAUAAUAAUAAUAAUAAUAAUAAUGUAUUAAUUAGAACUGAAACUUGGAAUUAUUAAGCAACCAAAUGCAGGCAGCUCAUUGUCAAAUGAUGUUUAGGAUUAAAAAUCAACUUGCUUGUGGUUUUCUUCAACCCAUCAAAAUUCUGAUUGGCUUCAAUUGGUGAGACAAAGAAAUGUAAUAUGUGCUUUUUCUGAUUUUUUUUUUUUUUCAAAUCAGAAUGUUGGUGUGUGCAUGUUAUUUUGAGCGUUCUUUUUUUAGAAUGGGUAAAGUUAGUACUUCCCAUUAUGUCAUUUUAUUUGAUACUGGAAAAUAAUAAGGUUUUAUGACGAGUUUUGUUUUUAUAAUUCUUAUAACACUCUUUGUAAAUAUCUUGAUUCAAUACAAUGUGUUUGUUGAUUAAAUGCUUGAAUGUC